AUGGUUCGUCUCGUAUUUGUCUGGAUUCUCACCUAUUUCUCUACGUACUACAAUGUCGAGAGUACUUUUAUCGACUUUCGAUCGAUUGAUGGGCAAUUGAAAGCGGACAAUGAGACGUUUUUGAUCAAGGGGAUCAAUUGGUUUGGUGGGGAAAGUAUUGAGCUUGUGGUACAAGGAUUAUGGCCAACUGCUACUUCGAUUGGCAAUGCAAUGGACUUGUUUGCGAGCAACAACUUUAACGCACUGCGUUUGCCAUUGGCUAUGGAUUCAGUCGUUAAGGAUCCUGUUGUUGAGAGUGGACAGACGGCUGGGACACCGUCUCUUGCAGGCAAAACAUACUUGGAAAUACUGGAUGUGAUUAUACAUGAAGCUCGCGAACGCAACAUCCUUAUUAUGCUUGAUAGUCAUCGGAUUGAAGCAUCGGAACCAGAUUUCCCGGAUAUUGCAGUACCUGGUGAUAUUACGCCGGCUCUACAGAAGCUAGCGACGAGAUACUGUGAAGAUCAAGGAGCAUGGAAUGUAUUUGCUAUCGACAUUAAGAAUGAACCAAAGGGAAAAGCUACGUGGGGCAAAGGAGAUGAAGCUACAGACUGGAACUUGCAGGCUGCUAAGAUUGGCAAUGCGGUGCUGAAGAAAUGUCCUCGACUGUUGAUUUUUGUACAAGGUGUGCAAACAAAUAUAAAGGGAGUCAGUAUGAAGUGGGGACAAGCGGGGGGAUCACUGCAAGGUGCUAAGGAUUAUCCCGUGAAGCUGAGUGAUAUGGAGAAACUGGUGUAUAGCCCACAUUUGAUUUCACCGGGUGUGGACUACAAGGCACCAUGGUGGAGUGAAUCAAGCUUUCCAGAUAACAUGCCAGUUUUGUGGGACGAGUAUUUUGGUUUCAUUCCGAAGGAAACUGGUCAGGCUGUGGUUGUUGGCUCGUGGGGAGCUAAGAUGGAAGACGAGAACAAGAAAUGGGCUGAUGCAGUCUCGGCGUACCUCGAGAAAAAGUCAAUUGGAUCGUUUUACUGGGCCUUUAACCCUCAGUCAGCAGACAUGGGUGGCUUCGUAAUGGACGAUUGGGUCACACCUAUUGCUGAACGUGUUGAGUUGCUAGAGAUUUUACCGUCAACUAGUAUCGAAGAUAUUGUUGCAACCUACGCAAAAUGUAGCCGUAAGUGCUCUGGAAAUGGCGCCUGUGAAGGUGACAAGUGUAUCUGCUACUCUGGAUGGAGUGGACCUCAGUGCGAGAUUUGCUCGGAGGGCGAUACCGUAGCAUGCAACGAUAUGGGUACGUGCUUGAGAAACAGCACGUGCGCAUGCGAUGGUGGUUUAGGUGGAAAAUAUUGUGCUGGUGCAGAGUGUGAUGAGAUUGAUUGUGGUAAUGUGGACAAUGCUGGCUGCUUUAAUGGCGAAUGCACCUGUUUGUACAGCUGCGUUGGAAAUGGUUGUGCUGUUUGCGCUGCGAGCGAAGCUGCACUGGCUGAUGCUUCCAACAAAGCGACGAUCCUGUGUGAUGCGUGUGCUUCCCAAGACGCUUCAUCUUCGACCGUUGCUGCCUCUGUGUCCACGCUAGAAACUGCCAUGAUCUCCCUCUUCCUUGCAUAUCUCUUUUGA